AUGGACACCUCCUACCCCCGUGAGGACUACGUGCCCGCGACGUCCCGCAAGCGGGACCCUUCUCCCACUGUCAUCACCAUGGGCUCUGCCGCGGUGCCCCGCGACCACCUCAUCUGGUCCGUCUUCAACACCAUCUACAUGAACUUCUGCUGUCUCGGGUUCGUGGCUCUUGCCUUCUCGGUCAAGGCACGGGACCGGAAGGUGGCCGGAGACGUGGAGGCUGCGCGGCACUUCAGCUCCAAGGCCAGGUGCUACAACGUCCUGGCCACGGUGGGGAGCCUGGUGCUGCCUGCCCUGCUCGUGGCCCUCGUCAUCACGGGCGUGCUGCACCUCUCCAAGCUCGCCCAGGACUCCAUAGACUUCUUCAGCUACCAGCUCAGCAUGAGCGAUGACGACGACGACAAGCCAGCCGGCCACCCCUUCCUGUUCCUCCUUGUGCUGUUUCCAGAAGACAUGUUCGAGCAGGCACAUGGCUGCGGAAGACGCUCGGCUGCAGGAGCGGUGCCGUUCAAGCCGGGGCUUGCCUUGCCUGAGCCCAGCGAGCCGAGGGCCAAGGGCUGGUGCCUCCGUUCUCCAGCCUCCACCGAGCUCGUUCGGAAGCUCGGCACCAGGAAAGAGAGCGUCACUCCUGCAGCGCGGGCGGAGAGCUCAUCUGCACUGACUGCAGCAUUCGUGGUUUUCUAG